AUGCGUACUGCUGCUGUAAUAGAAAACACGGAUGCUCCAUCCCAAAUUGAAAACUCGUUCAUUGAUCUGGAGAACGCGAACGACAACAUUCGUCGUCAAGCACUCGAUGAUAUUGAAAAUCUAAGCACAGGGGUUCCAAAAGAACAGUUCAUCAGCAUUUACCGAAGACUACUCAGCUGUUUUAAGAUAUAUCCCCCAAAUUCCUCUUUCACUAUACGAUUUGGAAGGCGUAUUUGGGAAAAUUUGCAAGAAAGAAGAACAUAUUUUAACUGCGAGGAAUUGUUGAAAAUGUUUUUGGAUGUCAUUGCUUCCAAGAUAAAAGGAGCUGACAAUUCUUCACUCAACGAAUAUCUAGUGAUGGCAGAAGACGCUAUUUCCAAUGCUGGACAUCUGUUGAAAGAUAGCCGAUUUAUGGAGUUGUUUCUGCAAUAUUUGCAACUGAAAUACUUGUCUUUACCUCACUAUAUCAAACCUAUGCUAACGAGAAUAAUAUCAAUUAUUGAGUCUUCAAGUUUGCAAUACGGCGGAGCUAUAAGAGACUCACUCCCUGUUGCAUUACAACUUACCCACCUUGGGUCAUGGGAGCUUCGCGAAGCCAUUUUCCGUCUGUUACGAAGAGUUUAUGAGGCCAUUUCUGCUUCAACUGACAAACCUUUCUUGGACUGCAAUUUCGAAACCGUUGGCGUUCUGCUCGAGGCUCUCAGUGAUAAUUGCGCUCGAAUAUAUCACCAAAGACAAGAUGAAGACGUGCCCACAAGCGUCUUGAUUGCCUUGCCUCUUGGUUGGCUCAUUCAUUCAAUGGAGGAGGAUGAAGGCGAAUUCGAAACUCAUGAAGCUCUUAUUAAUGGAGUGGUUAUUAUUCUCAACUACUUACAUCUCAUUUCCCAAUCAAAUGUUGGAAUUAUCAAGUGGCUUCUGCACCCCAAAUUCAACUUUACCGCCAGCGUUGUUGCCUUGCUACUUUACAGCAGGGAGGAAAUAGUGGAGGGGUGUGUCCUCGCACUUCUUGACUCCAUUAUUUCGCAGAUAGAGAAGAGCCGAUAUGCUGAAGACCGCGAAGUGAAGGUGCAGGUAGAAAGGGAGGCUGAGCGUCUUCGUGUGAAUAUGGCAUUCAUUGAGGCUUUGCAUUCAAGAAAUAGAGCGGAAGCAGGCCAAAUUAUGAGCAAAUCUGCAGAGGACCUGUUCAAUGACCAUCGAAAUCGCGAUCCCCUCAUUUGGGCUGAUUAUUUGGGAGCAAGUGAAUGGAAAGAGUAUUUGUUGAAAUGUUCCAACGGGGUUGGUGACAACAACUCACGUAACAUAAGGCUGCACCUGGAAAUGGAAAGGUGGACAUUAAUGAGGAGUUUGAAUGUAGAAUCCAGUCAAAGUCGUCAGCGUCUUCAUCUCUUCUACUUCUUGGCGGAACUCUUGCCUGUCCUCUUGAUGAAAUUCCAGAAAUAUCCUUCAGAAAUUCAUCGGUACGCAAUAAUUUUGCUGAUACACAAAAUAAUUAAUAAUAUGUCUGGACCAAUAUUGGAGUGGACACUUCUGCUAACGGCGGGUGGCAACAUCUGCCUGCACACACUUUGCUACGUAAUUCGUGACGCAUAUAGGAGUCCAGAUCAUAAAACGGUAGUUGCAGCUUACGAGGUGUGGAAAAGUCUCGUCAGGGCAGUACCGUCGGGACCUGCGCGUCUAGUCGAUGAAUACAAACGACGUCACAUACUCCCUCGAUUCAAUCAGCCUUCCACACUGGGAAUCUACCUGAUGCUUUGGCAGAAUGAAAAUUGUUGCGAAUUAGCGGAAAUCAGUCGAGGCGUUUAUAGUGCGGCUGAGUACCGCAGUAAAGAAGUUGUGAUAUUUCAACUGGAGAGGCAUUUUCAGGCACUUAAGAGUAUUUUCGGAGGUGCGGACAUGGUGCUGACUGCGUCCAAACUGCGAACGAGUGGAAUCAUAGAUGCUCUCCUCGACUGUCUCGCAGCAUCUUCGUGCUACAAGUGGCACCGAUCGAUCAAAGUUGGCACAAUGGAAAACCAUCAUGACUUCUUAAUUCAACGUCGUAAUGCGUUUAUGCUUCAAUUUCACAAAUCGCAAGAAUUGAAUAGGCUAUUUCGGCUUCUAGUGGAGGAGGUGGAAGAGGUUGGGACGUUUUCAAUAUACUUGCCCGAGCUUCGUUUGCACAUGAAAAAUAUGUGGGCUUCCUGUACCGAAGAUCCAACGAGCGUGCGAGGACGGCAAAUGGCUAACUGGCACUUCGUGUUGAAAGGAAGAACUCUGGAGGUGACACAGAGUGACAAAGCUAUCCAAAUAUUGGAACAGUGGUUUGACAUAAUGCCCGAAUCAGAAUUGGAUAAUCUUGAGAAUACUGAAGGUCAUUUACUGGGAGUUUGGGCAAAGUUGCAAUUGCACGAACCUUUUGGUUCCAACGAUGGGGAGAAUUGGAGUACUCUCUCAGUGCACAAGAAUGAGAGUAGAAUAUGUGGAGAGAGUGUACUUUUUCCACUCCAAUCAGACAGUGCCUUAUCGAGCGAUGGAAGGAGUUAUCGAAUGUUUCGUAUUGUGGACUUAUCACCAAUAGACAAGCAGAAAAGAAUGCAAGUUUGUGGCUUAGACUUUUUUGGAAAGAUUGUUGGUAUUCACCAGAAGUUGUUAGAUGAUGACUCUCUAGAGACCAACUUCAGUACCAAAUAUUUAAUAAGUCAAAUGAAAGCUGUCAAGAGGGGAGCAAAGUUUGCACCGGUGGAAUAUGCAAGAGGUAUGCGAAGUGAAUACAAUCUUCAUGGGGGAGAUAACGAACCAAUGAAUGGUGCAUUCAGUGUGUUAUUUGAUUUCGCUAACUGCAUCAACAUGAAGACUAAAAAGAGACUCCCUCCACCACGAUUCCAAUUGGUUGCCACAAACCAGUGGAUGAAUGCAAUUGAAUCCAUCGAAAUCGACAAUUAUAAUACUCCGAUUUUGAAGUACGCAAUGCGACUUGCUGAGAUGUUGGCUCGAAAAGGUUAUUACGCAGAAACAAGUCUGUCACUUAAGUGCUUUCUUUCCGAAAAUUCGGAGGGAUUGGCCGCCACUUCCACCGCCACCACCCCUACUGAUUCAGAUAGAUCACUUCAACUUGCUUACUUACUCCAUGAACUAUCAUCCACCUACGUCACAGGCAAGUCGAGAGGUGGUGAAAGUGGGUCUGCAGAGGACCGCGCAAAAGCAGGCUUGAAGUAUUAUUCUCAACGUCUGUGUAGAUUGAUUGAACGCCAAUUGAACGAAAGUACUGUUAUUGGACUGGGCAUCAUUCCACACUGGUGUGACAGCUUAGAACGAGAGCACUGUCAUUGGACUGGGCAUCAUUCCACACUGAAUGGCUGGGUAGAAAGUGUUACAGAGACAGCACAAAGAAAUGCUGUUGACGGUGAUGGCGGAAGGCAAUUUUGGAGUAGUGCGGAACGCCUGAUGAAUGAAAAUGCCGAAUCGAAACUUGAAUUUACUUUUUCCUAUGAUGGUGAACCGGGAAUCGGUGAUGGGGUGGAUCGGGACUUCUACUCAGAGUUGAGCAGAGAAUUCUGCCGAAAAUCUGGUCACAUGUGGUUGGAUGCAUCUAAGAGCGAGGAUUCUCUCUUCGUGCAUACACAAUUUGGGCUCUUUCCUACUCCAUACCCACGACAUCUUGUGCCCGUAGGCGUACUCAGGCGAUUUCAUAUUCUUGGCAUUUCUAUAGCCAAAGCUCUCCAGUUGUCGGGGAGUAGACAUUGGCUCACUGGACUGCUUGACGAGGAAGACUUUCUUCUUCUCUACCCGCAUUAUCGAAGCAUUCUCCCGGGUCUUUUGGAGCUUUACCGAAGACAAAGAACACAGCUUGAGGAUGGUGACGGCCUUAAAGUGGAGCUUCUGAGGCCAUUUAUAGACUCAGCCAGCAAAGAGAUAUUUGGAGUGGAGUUGGACGACCUCUGUAUACCCAUGACAGUGGAAUGCAAUUCCCAUACGAAAACUACUACUGUGAAGCUUAGAGACGUGUAUCCCUGGGAAUCAGGAAGUGCAACUACUACUAGGGGAGACGACGAAGUCAAUGAGGAGGAGGAGGAGGAAUACUGUAUUUCCCCUCAAAUGGUUAUCAAUGUUCACCUGCACAGAAGUUCAGAAGUUGAUAGGCGGCCAGCUUGCGGAGAAGCCGUGAUCACUGGACGAGCUUAA